AUGGCGAGAUCCUCCAGCAGCGACGGCAUCCUCCUCAGCGCGCCUCGCUCAAGGGCCGCCAAUGCCCCUCAGGCCCAGCCCGCGUUCCCAGCCGAGCCGCAUCCCCGACUGGCCAUCAUGACGCCCAGCCGCCUGCUGCUCGGCUCCGUGGCCUCCAGCUUCGUCGGCUUCAGUCUCGGGGCCGUCCAGGGCGGACAGAUGGCGCAGCUGCGGUUCCGGGCAGAGCACGCGCACAAGAUGCCCGACACGACGGCGGGCUGGUACUUGUACCACAAGUCCAAGAACUAUCACGCCAUGCAAGGCGGCAUCCGCGAGGGGUUCCGCAUGGGGCUCAAGACGGGCUUCUGGAGCCUGAUGGCCCUGUCGCUGGAGAGCACGGUGGACCGCUAUCGGGGCAGCAGCGACAUGUUUUCGACGGUCGUGGCGACGCUGACCGUGGCGGGGGCAUUUUCACUCUGGCAAAGCCGACCAUCGGCCGGCACCUGGCUUACAGAUCGAUUCUCGCUUUCCACCGCUGCGCGCACCGCAAAGUACGGGCUGGUCUUUGGCCUGGCGUACGGAGGGGUCCAGGAUCUCGUGGGCUUAGCCCGUGGCAGACCGAUUGGGUAUGUGGAGCUGAUCCGACGUCGGUUUGGGUCUGGGUCACGCGAAGGCGAAAGGAGCGACGACGACGAUGGCCAUGUCUAG